AUGGCGGCGGCCGAGGCGGAGCGGCCGUGCCUGACGGACCUGCCGGGAGAGCUGCUGGAGCUCAUCCUGUGCUGCGACGUGCUGGGCGCCGCCGACAUCGGGCGGGUGGCGUGCACCUGCCGCCGGCUGAGGGAAACCUGCCAGCCCCGCGGCAAGGUGUGGCGGGAGCGCUUCCGCCUCAGGUGGCCAUCGCUACUGAAGUACUACAGCCACACAGACAGUGUCAGCUGGCUUGAAGAAUACAAAGCACGGCACAAUGCUGGCCUAGAAGCCCAGAGAAUUGUAGCUUCCUUCUCCAAAAGGUUCUUCUCAGAGCAUGUUCCCUGUGAUGGAUUCAGUGACAUUGAGACUCUUGGGUGCCCAAGUCACUUCUUUGAGGAUGAGCUGAUGUGUAUCCUUAACAUGGAAGGCAGGAAAGGUCUCACCUGGAAGUACUAUGCAAAGAAAAUUCUAUACUUCCUACGGCAGCAAAACAUAUUAAAGAAUCUGAAGGAGUAUCUGCAGCGCCCUGCUGAGCAGCAGUCGUUCCUGGAGGGUGCUGUUUUGAUUGACCAGUAUUGCAAUCCACUGUCAGACAUCUGCUUAAAGGGCGUCCAGGCGCAGGUGGACGAGAUCACAGACAAAGUGCGCAAAGCGCUCCGGGCCAAAAACCCAAGGCACCCCAGCGUGGCUUCCAAGGCAGGAGAGAUCCUGAUUCCAGAAGUGGAGCUUCAGCGGCAGGUACUUGAUGCUAUGAACUGUGUCCUAUACGAGCAGUUAAAAUACAAAGGAAAUGAACUGGAUUACUAUAACUCCCUGAAUUCAUACAUUCAUCAGGUUUUGAUCCGCAGAACAGGAAUUCCUAUCAGUUUGUCUGUGCUGUAUUUAACAAUUGCCAGGCAGCUGGGAGUCAAACUUGAGCCAGUCAACUUCCCUAGUCACUUUCUGCUGCGAUGGUGUCAAGGAAAAGAAGGAAGCACAGAUAUCUUUGACUACACCUACAUUGAUGCCUUUGGGAAGGGGAAGCAGCUGACGGUGAAGGAGUGCGAGUACCUCAUAGGGCACCACGUGACAGAGGAGUUCUACGGGGUGGUGACUUCAAAGGAGGUCCUGCAGCGUAUGGUGGGAAAUCUCCUCAACCUGGGCAAGCGAGAAAGCACUGAUCAGUCUUAUCAACUCUUGAGAGACUCGUUGGAUCUGUACCUGGCCAUGUAUCCGGACAAUGUGCAGCAUCUAAUGCUCCAGGCUAGGUUAUACUUCCACCUGGGAAUCUGGCCAGAAAAGGUUCUGGACAUCCUGCAGCACAUCCAGGCUCUGGACCCAUCGCAGCACGGGGCUGUGGGGUACCUGGUGCAGCACACCCUGGAGCACAUCGAGCGUCGGAAGGAGGAGGUGGGACCUGAGGUGAAGCACCGUUCGGAUGAGAAGCACAAAGAGGUCUGCUUCUCAAUUGGGCUGAUUAUGAAACACAAGAGGUAUGGCUACAACUGUGUGAUUUAUGGCUGGGACCCUGCCUGCAUGAUGGGACACGAAUGGAUCCGGAAUAUGAAUGUGCACAGCCUCCCCCACGGCCCCCACCAGCCCUUCUACAACGUGCUGGUGGAAGAUGGCUCUUGCAGAUACGCUGCUCAAGAGAACCUGGAGCACAACUCGGAGCCUCGGGAGAUUCCUCACCCCGACAUCGGCCGCUAUUUCUCAGAGUUCUCUGGCACUCACUACCUGGCCAACGCCGAGCUGGAGCUGCGCUACCCGGAGGACCUGGAGCUGACGUGCAGCACGGUGCAGAAGAUCUACAGCAAGGAGUGAACGCCAGCAGCGACCCGAGGACGGAAGCAGACCGGAGUGCAGCUUUACCCUCUUUGCAAGACUUGCCCAGGGGGCGAGUUUGGUGACAAUCCUUUGGCUUGAUGCACUGAAAACUGCAUUAAACCUCGUAAGCGGUGCUAUAGAAUCUUUCUGUUGCCUGCCUGCCCGUUCUGGCCCGCAGGGACGCUGUGGUGAGGAGCCCAGGCUGAGGGUCUCGCAGGGCUGGUGGUGCUGAGCAGCGUGCUGUCCUUUGGAAGAUCUGCCCGUGAGCUGGAGCUGUGCUUGUCCUGCCUAGAAGGCCGGCACCGUGAGAUCCCUGGCGUGGAAGAACCCCGUCUUCCAGAGAAGUUGCUUGUCCUUACAGUGUUGUGGGGUUUUGUUUUGGUUGGUUUUGUUUUUUUUUUUCUUUUCUUAAUCUGUGUCUCAUGCAGGUGGUAGUUUUUAAAGCCUGUAACGUUCCA